AUGGGUGUUACCUCUGCUGCCGCUGUUUGUGCAUGUCUGAUGACCUCACCUUCACCUUUGAAUGUCAGAUGCAAAGACCACAACCAGGUGCCACCUUAUAAAUCCUACAAGUACAUUCUAGAUGCUGUAGUUGAUUGUUUACAUCCGAAUCAAAUAUCAAAUUUUGAGUAUACGUUGAGGUUCUGGUUGGAGUAUGUGGCGGCUUCCUUUGACCUCCAGGAUGCUAAAGAUAAAGAGGAUUGUGUCAUUGAAGUGGGGUCUCCAUCUUCUGCUGAAUCACAUCUGUUGCCAGGACAUGUUGUUAAGCAG